AUGAUUCGACAAGUCACAUGUGUUGGAUUAAUACUGGCUGUGGUGGUGGUGUUGUUGAUGGUGGUAGGAUUGGAUGCGUUGGCACACAAUGUAGACAGCAGAACCAUCGAUAGAAGGAUGUUUGUCGACCGCGUCCACGCACUAGCCGGACAGAUGGAAGAAGAAAGAAUUCAACUUGAAAAAGACCAUCGACAACAACAACAAGACGAAACCACCAACCAAGACAUUGGUAAUUACGAGGCAGAACUACAAAUAGCAUUGACUCUUCCAGACGACUAUCAAGAUAAUUAUCAUGAUCAGUACCCAGAUGUAGAAGACGACCAAAAUUGGGAUCACUAUGAAUCACAAAAUCAUUAUCAAUUAUUAUUACAAAAGAGACAACAAGAAGAACAACAACAUCAACAACAACAACAAAAAGAAAAAUCUUCUUAUAAUUGGAACGAUGAUGGUAAUGAAUAUCAUCUUCGAAAGAUUGACAGUGAUCAAAUCCUAAUUGACCUAAGUGACUAUGGGCCACAGGAUUAUGAGUAUGUUCAAUACGAUGAAAACAACCAAAUCAUCAAUGCUCAAUCACAGUUGGACAAGAUCCUAAACAUUCAACGACAACAACAAGAGGAAAAGGAAAAGGCACAACACCAACAACAACAAAAAGAAAAAUUGAAAAGCAAAAAGCAAAUUGUAGAUGAUGUAAAAGACAACCCUACAGAUGCACCAACAGAAAAACCAACAGAAGCCCCUACAGUAAAACCAACAGACGCUCCAACAGAAGCUCCAACUCCAAAACCAACUGAAGCUCCAACAGUAAAGCCAACAGAGAAACCAACUGACAAGCCAACUGAAAAACCAACAGAGGCUCCAACAGUGCCUCCCACAGAAAAACCAACAGAAGCUCCAACAGAGCCUCCCACAGAAAAACCAACAGAGCCUCCAACAGAAAAACCAACUGACAAGCCAACUGAAAAACCAACAGAAGCUCCAACAGUGCCUCCAACAGAAAAACCAACAGAAGCUCCAACUCCAAAACCAACAGAGGCUCCAACAGUAAAGCCAACUCCAAAACCAACUGAAGCUCCAACAGUAAAGCCAACUCCAAAACCAACAGAAGCUCCAACAGUGCCUCCCACAGAGGCUCCAACAGUAAAGCCAACUCCAAAACCAACUGAAGCUCCAACAGUAAAGCCAACAGAGAAACCAACUGACAAGCCAACUGAAAAACCAACAGAAGCUCCAACAGUGCCUCCAACAGUAAAACCAACAGAGGCUCCAACUCCAAAACCAACAGAAGCUCCAACAGUGCCCCCAACAGUAAAACCAACAGAGGCUCCAACAGUGCCUCCAACAGAGGCUCCAACAGUGCCUCCAACAGAGGCUCCAACAGUGCCUCCAACUCCAAAGCCAACAGAAGCCCCAACAGUGCCUCCAACUCCAAAACCAACAGAAGCCCCAACAGUGCCUCCAACUCCAAAACCAACAGAAAGACCAACAACACCUUCUCACCAACCACCAGACCAAACCUUUUCGUGUGGAAUUGAAAUUAAACAAUCAAUUGUCAAGAAUUUAACCUAUCCAUUGGCUUUGAAGAGUUUAGAAGUUAUCAAUCAUGAACCAUAUUCACAUCAUUUACUGAUAGUAAUGAGAAAGAUUGUUACUGGAACUAUAUUCCAAUCAAAUAUUAGAGUCGAGAGUGUAUGGACAUCGAUCAUACCACAACCACUUGGAUUGAUCUACCACUUGUUUGGACCCGUGACAAAUGUCAACGGGCUCACUAUGAUGCGGUCCAUUGACGCGACGAGUUCUGCCACCAACCCCAAGUAUACUAUCCCUCCCAUCUCGCUUCCCAUCCGUCCCUCUUCAUUCUAUACAUUUACCUACUUUGCACCUGAAGAGGUUCAAGUCAAGUUUACCGAGCCCGAAGGAUGCUCGUAUCUUCUUCCAAAACCAACAACUCUACCUCAACAACCACCACCACCACAACCAGAUAAUGAUGGUGAUGCUGAUGAUGAUGAUGAUGAUAACUCAAAUCAUAUCAAUAAUAAUCCAAGAGAUAAAUCUUGCAAAGUUUCAGUACAACAACAAUUGAUUGAUAGAAAGCAGGGAAUUAGAGGUCAAUCAAUAUCAACCUUUUCAGUUUUGAUGACCAAUGUGUCACCUCGUGCCAAGUUGUAUGAUGUGGUGAUGCGACCUGUUGGAUCGGUCAAUGAAGCGUCUGGCGUAGAGUUUUGGGCGGCAGCAUCGAUAUUCCACUUUGCAUCCAACAAGGUGGUCCAUUGGCCAGCACAAAUCAGAAGCAUUGGUAUUGACCCCGGUUCUUCAUUUGUUUGGUAUUACAAUCAAAUCAACAGUAAUCAUCCUGCCAACAUUGAAAUACUUCAAACUGUUUGCAUCCCAGAAUACAACAACAUCUCAACCGAAGACAAGAGAAGAAAGAAAAGAGUAUCUUUAAAACAACAAUUGGAUCAAUUAGGUCAAUUAGAAUUAUUUGAAGAAAAACUUUUAAAUAAUCAAAAACAUCAUAAUAUUAAUAAUAAUCAAAAUAAUCAAAAUAAUAAUCAUAAUCAUAAAAAUAUUAAAAAAGAUUAA